AGUGACGUGAACCAAGUUAUCGCUCGUUUUACCGGUGCGGUGGGCACACACGCCCCCAGUACCAAAACAAACCGGUACGAAAACACCGGCUUUUGCAAGACUACGGAAGGCACGUUUCUUCCUCCCCCCGUACCUCCUUGGAUCAUUUUCUUAUCUUUUCAAGACACAAUUGUCCGGAUACACGAUUUCUGACGGGAGUUGAAGAGCUGACUGUCCGCUGCGAAGGAAUUUGAGGUGAAUUUUGUGCCGUUUUGUGCCAACUUUGACCGGAGUAUUGUAGCAAAAUAAUUUUCGAGACGAAAACAUGCCGGUGCCCGUCUGUGAUUGACCGGUAUCUCCUUGGACAACAUCUUGUGGCAAGAAUUGUCAAAUUUCUUGACAGAUUCUCCGCAAAUUUCCACGUUUUUGAGCCACAUUUCUUGACAAGACAUUGUGGAGUUCAACACAACCUCGUCACCCAAGCAUGCUUGUCGGCAAGCGGCUCGCGAAGAGGUCCAUCAUCGGGAGCAGAGUGUGCGUGCCCGGCAAGGAUGGCUACCUUCACCCGGGGGUGAUUCGAGCUACCAAGUCGGGCUCCCCACCCCCUGAAGCAGCCACCACCACCCCUGGGGAAGCCAUCGCCUACUCUGUCGCCCUAGACACGGGAGAAGUCGUCGAGUUAACCGAAGAGAAGCUGAUAGGGUGCGGGUUCCGCGGCAUGUGCGGGCUAAAGCUUGAACCGGGACAGCGGGUGUUCCUCACCCACCACGGGCGGGAGGUAUCCGGCUCUGUCACCGAGCAUAAGCCCGAGAAUCUCACGGUGAUGGUGCAGCUAUGUGACCGGGACCAGGCCACCGGCAAGCCGGUAGUUGUCCAGCGGAGGCUCGAGGAUUUGCGGUUGCUGGAGAGUCGAAAGUCGGCCCGCCUCGUGGACCACCAGGACCGGGACUUCGCCAAACUGGCCGACCCUGCGCCGCAAGACUCUCGCAAGCGGGGAGUCUCACAUAGCAUCGAUGUCCCCAAGAAAGACAGGAAAACGAGUGAGGAGUUUGACAUGGAUGAGUGCAUGGCCGCCAUGAUCCUCACCAGCCUCUCCUGCAGCCCUGUCUGCAGACAAGCAUCAGACGACAGCUCUGUGAGCUCCGGUACAUCAGGAGAGAAGCCCCCAAUGAGUCCCCAGCACUGGCACGAAGGUCUCCUGUCCUCGUCACUAAACAGCAGCAGUGGGGCAAGCAGCAUCAGUACCCUCAGCAUGCGCUCCUCCCCCUCCCCCCCACACAAACCCCCCACCCCUCCCUCCACGUGCGACAACCCCCCCACCACCAUGUUUGGAACUCCCCCUGUGGACGAGGGCAUCGACCUGGGGGAGAGCCACGACUUCUUCUUGGAGGGGAGAUCACCGAGGAAGAGGAAGAGCUCGGUGAAGACUCUGUUCAAGUGCACAUGACCGCUCCCUCUUAUAGGAAUAGCUUUUUUAUUACCCUUUGU